AAUUCCAGUUGCUUUUCAGGUUUACAGCCCCUUCUUCCAAUUUACUCUAGUGUAUGUCCAAUUGGUAACUUCUUCCUGGUCAGGGGUCAAUUAGUCAUAUUCUGGUAACUCCAGAAUAAAUUACUUGCAAUAUAUUAGAAAUGCAGGGGCUCAGACAUGAUGUGAGCUCUAGCUUGAGUAUUUUGGCAUCCAGGACUGGCAUCCAUCUCUCCUUUUGAAAGUGUUUUUAGUUUUUGCAGCCAAGCAAGGAGGAAUUAUUUGACUAUCAGGUGAGUAAUACCAUUGUUGAGAAAACAUCAUGGACGUGUCUCUGUAGUCACUGGGAGCUGAGCUUGACUCAACAGAGAAACUUUACUUACCUUACCACUGUAGAACUGAUGUUCUUGAUGAGAUUAGUUCCUUUUCUUCCUUUUUAAUUUUAAGUCUUUUGAGUUGCUGGUGUAAUCAGUCUUUCCUUAAUUUUUUAGAGAUGUCUUUACUGAUUGAUCCAGGGUACCUCUCUGUAGCAAUGUGGACCUUUGGACUUGGAGCCAUUGGGGCUGCUGUGACCGGGAUAAUCCUUGCCAAUACGGAUUUGUUUCUCCCUAAAGUAGAAAAGGCCUCACUGGACUUUCUAGAGGCAAUUGAUUUGAAGACUCUGGGACAAGGAGAACAAAGAACAUUUAAAGCCAAGGAACUGUGGAAGACGGAUGGAGCUGUCAUCAUGGCAGUGAGGCGGCCUGGAUGAUUUUUGUGCAGAGAGGAGGCCGCUGAGCUGUCCUCUCUGAGACCCCAGCUUGACCAGCUGGGGGUCCCACUUUAUGCUGUCGUGAAAGAGAACCUUGGGGCGGAGGUGGAAAAUUUUCAACCAUAUUUCAAGGGAGAAAUAUUUCUGGAUGAAAAGAAACAAUUCUAUGGUCCUCUGAAAAGAAAGAUGUUGUUCCUGGCCCUUUUCCGCUGCAAUGUCUGGAGGAAUUUCUGGCGUGCUUGGAGGAGCGGGUAUACCGGCAACAUAGAUGGAGAAGGAAUUGUCCUCGGAGGGGUUUUCGUGAUUGGCCCAGGGAAACAGGGGGUUCUUUUGGAACACCGUGAGAAAGAAUUUGGAGACAAAGUUAACCUUGAUGCCGUCCUUGAUGCCAUCAAGAAGAUCAAAGCACAACCUUCAGACCAUGGAGAAUAAAGCACGCUUCCUUUUUUGUGGCAAAUGCUAAUGUUGCCAUGCAAACGUGGGUUGUAUCUCUGCCAGGUUCUAAAUUUCUCCCAAAUAUCCUCAGUGUAAAAUCCUGCUCCUAGUAGCUGUUUCUGUCUGUUCUUCAGAUACCACUGAUUCCUUCUGUCUUUGUUGUGCUGGAUUAAUGAAAGGUCAGGUCUGAAAUGUUAAGAUCUGACCAAGAUGCCUUCCAGUUGGAACAAAACAUUCAGGUGUAUCAGGGGAUCUGCAUGGGGACUUGAUGACGGAAAACUAAUAAACAUCCUUUAAAAAGUUUAAA